GGUUCGGCGAGAUGAAAUGCAGCACGUCUUGCCAGUGCCGGCAAACUUCAAAUAUCUUCGCUGCUUUCUGGAUAUCCGUGGGCUCGUACCAAACUGAAAAAAAAAAAACGGGAGAAAAUGAUUUUAUAUAUGUAUCCUCCUAAGAGAUUUACACAUCUCUCUGCGUCUUAUCUGUACGAGUUAUUGGAGGAAUCUCUCGUGUCUUCCUCUCUUCUUUAUUUUCCUAUUCGUCAAAUUCCUUCCUCCCGGGUCUCGAUCGACGAUUGUAAGAGGAUAAAGAGGGGAGGCUUGAGGAAGACAUUUUCUCGAAAGACGUAGAAGUUAGUGACCAUGAUGAGACCUCCGCUCUUUUUCUCAUUUCCUUUUUUUUUUCUCCGAACAUGUAUCCUUUUCUGUGACUCUUCAGGGGUCAUCGGAGCCGAUGAGGGACACGCAACGCGCUCUGACGUCGGCACAGCGAACUUCUUUCGAGGAGUGUCGCUCGUUGACGCAUCCACCCAGCGCGAGCGUACAAUAAAUACACAGCGUCGGUGAAGCGUGAGCGCGAGAAGUGGCAUUCUCCUUGUUUUUCCCACCACGUGCGAUCGUGUUUACACUUCUGUCUGUCGGGCGACGUGCGAAAACGCAAUGGGGAAGACGAUAACGGGCAAGGCCGCCGCCGUGUGCGCGGCGGUGGCGUUCGUUCUAGUGGUGAUCGCGUUCACCACACCCAACUGGCUGGAAACCGACGGCAAGCUCGAGCAGCCGCAGUUCGUCAAGAUCGGUCUCUGGCAAGUGUGUUUCCAAGGCUUCCAGGACCCGCAUCAUCUCUACGACACCAGGUUCUACGGUUGCUGGUGGGUGUUCGAGGAGGAGUACUACAUCAUACAUGACAUACUUCUGCCCGACUUCUUCGUCGCCACGCAGUUUUUCUUCACGUUAUGCCUGACCCUGCUGCUGAUCGGAAGCUUUCUCACCAUCUUGUACACCUGCUGCUCCCGCCAUCACGAGAAGUAUCAGCUGCUGCUGUGGGUGAACGGCGGCAUUCUAUCUUUGGGGGGUCUCUGCGGUCUCAUAGCGGUCAUCAUAUUCGGCGCCAGGGGCGACGGUCGCGAUUGGAUGCCCAAUUGGGAGCACAACGACGUCAGCUGGUCCUUCGCCUUGGCCGUCGUCGGCAGCUUCGUCCUGAUUGCCGCCGGUAUCCUGUUCUUGAUCGAAGGACGCAGGUACAGGAAGAAGCAGGAGCAGAUAUUGAACGACGGCCAGAAAACGCAUACUACCAUAUAGCAUAUUUUUUAACGAAUCUAAAGAUGCAGGCCUGUGUGAGUAGUCGAUACUUCCCUCGGGUGAAAUACUCGAACAUGGAUUUACAGUCGGGCGUGAAUUUGUCAGCAGAUCACACGAUUGCGAGUGUUACGUAUGUCGUGUAUAGUUCAAUUAAAAAAAUUCGACUCUAAAUUCAGAUCCGAGGAUCUCACGUGGGACAAGUUUCAAGUAACGACUAUUGAUACGGGUCUUGUUGAGAAAAAGUAUACACAUAAAUACUUGAAUCUUCUCAUAUGAAAAAUAUUCUAUAUGGAACUCUCGUUUUAACGUAAGGUUAAUCUUGUGAUUAGAUAGUGUGAUUAGAUAUUAAGUCUAUUCUCUGUGUGUGUAUAAAUCAUUAUUUCUCUCCCUCUCUCUAUCUCUCUUUACAUAUAUAUAUAUAUCGUAAUAUCUACAAAUGUGUGUGUGUGUAUCAUGCGAUAUAUCUAUAGAUAUCUCACAUAAUCACAGCAAGUGUAAAUGUAACAAUUAUAAGUCUUCACAGAGAUUCGUCUGCGAUUUGCAUUCGAUGAGCAGGAUUGCUCGUUCUCACAGCAGUUUUAGUAUAUUCGUGUCUCACAUUGUCUACAUUGAGAUUCAUUAAAGUAGUUGGUUUAUGACAACAAUGUUUAAUUAAAAAGGUAACAGCUAAUAUAACACGAAGCUCGAAAAGUUUGUGCUUAAUGCUUAUGAAUAUGAUUUAUGAUAUCUAGCUUUGACACUAUAGCAAGAGAAUAUCAAUCAAUCAAAUCUUAUAGUAUUUAAAAACUCAUAAAGAAAUAGUCGUUUUCCGCUUUUUCGCGUAUAAUAUUUCUGGCUAGGACUGUCCGUACUGGUCAUAUGUUGUGAAUAUAUCAAAUGUAUUGAUAGACGCACACGAAUGCACGCUACUAGAGAAGUGAUUGUGACGUCGGAUUUUUUUCGUAUUUGAUUUGUAUUUUUAGCAUCUUUACCUACUGAUAAUAGAUCUUUCAGAUUAUUUUACCUAACAGAAUAGAUCUUUCAGAUUUAUUCUGUCUUUAAAAGAUGCUUUAUCAAGAGAGGCACAAAGCUGUUGUAUACUUCAAUCGUUAUCAGAAAUUGUGUACCUCACAUACCAAUUUCUAGAAAACCAGGUGAUCAGUGAUCUUGUAAUUUUUUUUUCAUAAUAUUUCUACAGGUUUCUUUUUUCGUCUCUUCUAAUUUUUUAUCAAAAUUGUGUGAGUAGUUUGGUCGUUAAAAUUAAAAACAUAUCAUCAGAAGUAGUUUCUGUACCUGGGAUUACAAUGUAAGUAGUGCUAACUUUGAUCUCGAUUAUCUCAACUUCGGUGUGGUCGAUCUUUCUUUACUUCUGCAUGCACGUAGAUCGUGUCUCGAUUAUUGGUAUGCUGUUAAAAUUGGAAGAAAUUUCGAUAAAAAAAUUAAUUUACAAACAUCUUAAAUUAUUUUAAAAGAUGCGCUAGUAGUGUAUGUUUUUUUCUGCCCAUAGUCAGCUGAUCCUUCGCAGACAUCAAAAGCGUCCCGACAAACGUUGGUACUCUUUAGCUAAUCCAGGGAUACAGGUAGAAAAGCAGGAAAAAGCAGAAGCCAGUACUGCAUAAUAGUGCAGAAUCACAAUAUAUGAGACACGUAUAUAUCGCGAAAACGCGAGCAAUCUCUCAAAUCACGGACGACUUUCUGUGAAGACUGAUAAUUUUAUAUUCCUUAUAUUUACACUCGGAUAGAUGAUUAUGCGAGAUAUCUACAUAUAUAUUGCAUGACACAUCCUACAGAUAUUAUAAGAGAUAUUUAGAGAGAUAACGAUUUAUAUAUACGAACAGAGAAAAUAGACUGAUAUCUGAUGACUGAUAGAACUUAAUGAACAGAUAUUUUACUAUGUAAGAUUCAAGUAUAUACAUAUAAUCUUACACAUUUUCUAUGUAAGAUUCGAGUAUAUACAUAUAUAUAUUUUUUAAACAAUAUCAAGACCCGUAUCAAUAGUUAUCACUUCUUACGUGAGACUCACUCGGGUCAAAAUUUCCAGUUCAAUCCGAGUUUUUCAAUCGAAUCAUACGGCAUACGUGACAACAUUGUGUACUCGUAAUCAUGUGAUUCAGUUGAGAGAUCUAUCAUCUAGCUAAUCAUCAGCUAAUAAUCACAUGCGGAGUAUUCACUCGAGACGAGAGUUUUAAGUAACGAUUACGAUUCAUACUGGCCCAAGUGUUUCGACACAAUGUCGCGUAUCUAGAAAUAAUCCGUCCAUCACGCAUAGUUUUAAGAGUGUGCUCAUAGAGACUAUAUAUAUAUAUAUAUAUAUAUACACACAUACAUAUAUAAAUUCAUAUAUAUAUACAAUAUAUAUAAUUUUUGUACGUGUAUAUAAGAGUUUGUACACAGAGAGCGAUCGAUCAACACAUGAAUCUCAUAUUAUUCGCAUAAUCUUUCUGUACGUAACGGAAUCAAUAAAGCGAUUUUUGCUGAGCGUCGACGCGUCACUAUCGUUACAUGCAGAUCCUCGGAUCCAGCCAAUUAGGCGCUCGCCUGUAUACACGGUGACCCACUUUGUGUCCUCGCAAAAAGAGUAGCCGAGAAUAAAUUACAAGGGUUCCUCGCGUGCAUGCGAUGAUAUCAGAACAGCAAAAUUGCGAUAGAGGAGGAGGAGAAAAGCUCAUGUGUCGUUGACCCAAUUUAGAAUCUAUUUUGGUCGCCGCCGCCGCCGCCACGCGAUCGACCGCGUUGAAAUUUCCGCGGCUGUGCCAGUCGCGCGAAUGCGUCACCGUAAUGCUCAUCGAGAUCUUGUAAUAACGUUUAACGAAUCUUUCAUGGAAUCUCAUUCAGUGAUUCGAACGAUUCUUCGCGUACGCGAUGUCUCCUUGCCUGCAUUCGUUCUCGCCGAGUCUCGAUUGCGUCUUCUUUUUCCUUCUCUCUUUGCGUGUUGCGUAUGAAUAGGUAUAUUCAGUAUGUCGCCGCUCGAGACAAUACACAGUCCCCCCUCCCCUCCGACUGUAUAUAUGCAUACCUAUCUCACACUCUUGGCGAAGGAAGGAUCAUGAGAGAGAGAAAGCGCGUCGCUGAAAGCAGUCGGUCAGAUCGCGCUGGCUCUCCGAGAGAAACGCGAGCGGCGAGUAUCCUCGUUUAGUAUACAGCGCGAUUUGCGUUUAGAAACGCGCUCUUGUUCUUCGCGGUCCGCUUGCGUCCUACAGGACCAAGGCUGGAAUGCGAUCAUGAGCGCAGAAAAAUA